CGGCGCUGCUAGCCGAAGGUGAGCCAACCACGCUAGUAGCAACAAAUGCAGAAAAGGUUAUUCGCAAAAAAUACUACGCCUUUAAACUUAUUGAAAACGGUACUGCAAGUCUGCAACACAACACAAUUGAUGUCGUCUAAGUGGAGAGGAAUCACGUGGGUGCUGGUCUACCGCACGGACAAGUACAAGCGGCUCAAGGCGGAGGUGGAAAAACAAAGCAAGCAACUGGAGAAGAAAAAGGAAACCAUCACAGAGUCGGCGGGACGUCAGCAGAAGAAGAAGAUUGAAAGACAAGAGGAGAAGCUCAAGAACAAUAACAGAGACUUGUCCAUGGUGCGCAUGAAAUCCAUGUUUGCUGUUGGCUUCUGCUUCACCGCUUUGAUGGGCAUGUUCAACUCUAUUUUUGAUGGGCGCGUGGUGGCCAAGCUGCCCUUCGUGCCACUGUCGUACAUCCAGGGCCUGUCGCAUCGCAACCUGCUGGGCGAGGACUACACUGACUGCUCCUUCAUCUUCCUCUAUAUCCUCUGCACCAUGUCCAUUCGCCAGAACAUCCAGAAGAUGUUAGGCCUGGCUCCCUCCAGGGCAGCCACCAAGCAGGCGGGGGGCUUCCUGGGGCCCCCGCCCCAAGCUGCCAAGUUCUCCUAAAGGUCACCACAGGAAAAAGACUAAGCGCUGCAAAUGAUGAGGCUUUUCAUCUGCCAUUUGGAGUUACCCUUUGUUAGCUGUCAAUAAAGUUUUACAGCUCCUUUUUA